AACGCAAAGACAAAAACGUUGGCGUCGCAUUUGUUAUGCUUUAUUUGUAUUUGUGUCUUCAACGUGUUCGGUUUACAUUCAGCGUCCGUCGUAUUGUAUAUAUUAAUAAUAUUUCAAAAUCCAAUUCUACAAUUAAAUUAGUGCCGACGUUGUAUUAUUUCGUGUGAAGACGAGUGCUAAAAUCAUUUUGAAAGUAUUAUACAGUGGAAGUUAUAAAAUUACGCAAAAAAUGAAAAAUUGAGUGUUGAAAUUUGGAAAUUUUGUUAUUUGAAGUGAAUUCCGUUUUAAUAAUCUUGUAAAAAUUCAUAAUAAAUUGUUUAUGCAAUCGAAGAGCUUAAUUGAAAUGCGCGAAAUUAGCCAUUAAAACAAUUACAACAAAUUAUAAACAACAACAAAAUAAUAAACAAAACAACAACAACAAUUGCUGCCUUUUCCGGCUUCAAUCAAAAACGAAACAAAAACAAAUCGAAAUACAACAAAUGCCAGGCGUUGUUCAUAGCAAUUGAUAUUUUUGGUAUUCAUUAAAUAGCCCCACAUGUUGAGCAAAUUCACCUCGAACCAUGUCCAGGUCUACCAUCAGUAUUCGCGUCCAGCUCCCAUAAAGAAGCCCAUCAAGCAUCAGCCACGCAGUUGGAUCGAGACAAACUUUCAGAAGCGCGAAUGCAUCAAGUUUAUACCAUGCCCAAAGGACGAUACAAAAUGCUGCUGCGGCCAGGCACAGAUUACGCAUCAGACGAUUGCCGGCAUCGAGAGCGGCUCGCCGGGCGACACCUGGCUGCCCACCAAGCACACACGCCCACAGCCCACCGAUGCGUACGGCACAAUUGAAUUUCAAGGUGGCGCACAUCCCACCAAGGCGCAGUAUGUGCGCCUGUCAUUUGAUACACGUCCGGAGCUGCUGGUGCAGCUAUUCACUAAGGAAUGGAAUCUGGAAUUGCCAAAACUUUUGAUCACCGUGCAGGGCGGCAAAGCCAACUUUGAUUUGCAGGCAAAGCUCAAAAAGGAAAUACGCAAAGGACUGUUAAAGGCGGCCAAAACAACGGGAGCUUGGAUUUUCACGGGCGGCACCAAUACAGGCGUCACUAAGCAAGUGGGCGACGCUUUGCUGCUGGAGGGGCAACAGAGAACAGGGCGCGUGGUCAGCAUCGGCAUUGCGCCCUGGGGCAUUGUGGAGCGCAAUCAUGAGCUGUUGGGUCACAAUCGUGAGGUGCCCUGCCACAGCAUUAGCUCGCCAAGAUCAAAAUUGGCUGUGCUGAACAAUCGACAUGCGUAUUUCCUGCUCGUGGACAAUGGCACGAUGGCCAAAUACGGAGCUGAAUUGAUUCUGCGUCGCAAACUGGAGAAAUUCAUUUCGAAUUUAAAGCUGCAUCCAUUCACACAUUCCAGUACGCCGGUUGUCUGUCUGGUGAUUGAGGGCGGAACGAACACAAUACGUGCUGUCCUCGAAUACGUGACGGAUUCGCCUCCAGUUCCUGUUGUUGUUUGCGAUGGUUCCGGCCGUGCCGCCGAUUUGUUGGCCUUUGUGCACAAGUACGCCUCGGAUGGCGAGGAGCAGCCCGUGCUGGAAUCUAUGCGUGAUUAUCUCAUCGGAACCAUACAGAAAACCUUUGAAGUGGGCCUGGAUCAGGCGGAGAAACUUUACCAGGAGCUGCUGCAGUGCACGCGCAAUAAGAAUUUGAUUACGGUCUUUCGCAUACAGGAAAAGCCGGAGGGCGAGGCGCAGGAGCUGGAUCAGACCAUUCUAACAGCUCUAUUCAAAUCGCAGCAUCUCAGUCCCCCAGAGCAAUUGAGUCUUGCAUUGACAUGGAAUCGUGUGGACAUAGCGCGCAGUGAAAUAUUUGUCUAUGGACAGGAGUGGCCCAAUGGGGCUUUGGAUGAGGCCAUGAUGCAGGCACUCGAACAUGAUAGAAUCGAUUUUGUCAAAUUACUUUUGGAAAAUGGCGUCUCGAUGAAGAAAUUUUUAACAAUACCCCGACUCGAGGAGCUCUACAACACAAAGCAUGGUCCGGCCAAUACCCUGGGCUACAUAUUGCGCGAUGUGCGCCCGCAUAUACCCAAAGGCUACAUUUACACGCUCCACGACAUUGGCCUCGUCAUCAAUAAACUAAUGGGCGGCGCCUAUCGCUCGUAUUAUACGCGUCGCAAAUUUCGGCCCAUCUACGCAAAGGUGAUGAACAGCUAUGCAAAUGCCUGCCGCAAGUCCUCGACAUAUCAAUAUCAGCGCUAUGCGGGGGCCAAUUCGCUGAGCCUCGUUACAGGACUGCUGCCAUUUACCACCGAAAUGGCACUCUUCGAGUUUCCAUUCAACGAGCUGCUGAUUUGGGCCGUGCUCACGAAGCGUCAGCAAAUGGCUUUGCUUAUGUGGACCCAUGGCGAGGAGGCGCUGGCCAAGUCGCUGGUCGCCUGCAAGCUAUAUAAGGCCAUGGCUCAUGAGGCAGCCGAGGAUGAUUUGGAUACGGAAAUCUAUGAGGAGCUGCGCUCCUAUGCCAAAGAGUUUGAGAGCAAAGGCAACAAACUGUUGGACUUUAGCUAUCGCCAGGAUGCGGAGAAGGCGCAGCGGCUGCUCACAUGCGAACUGCACUCGUGGUCCAAUCAGAGCUGCCUCUCGCUCGCUGUCGCUGCCAAUCAUCGCGCUCUGCUCGCUCAUCCCUGCAGCCAGGUGAUUCUGGCGGACCUCUGGAUGGGCGGAUUGCGUACGCGAAAGAAUACCAAUUUCAAGGUCAUUCUAGGCUUAAUCAUGCCCUUCUACAUCAGGCAAUUGGACUUCAAGUCCAAGGAGGAGUUGCAGCAAAUGCCACAGACCGAGGAGGAGCAUUUGGAGAAUCAGAAUUUGGAUAAUGAUGAUUCCGAUCGCUCGCAACCUGAUGCUGAGAAUGCCCUUUUAAAAGCCAAAAGAUCCAUUUCCUUGAGAUAUAGGAAGGGCGCGGGCAGUAAUAAUCGCGACAAGGCUCUAUUGGCGGAUACUUAUUCGGUGCGCGAUACAAAAGUACACGAAAAUGGCAAAGUUAAUCUCACUGCUGGAGCGGAAGAACCACCCUCCAAAGUCUCACUAACAGACUCGGAUCCAUCGCAAUUCCGCGAAUUCUUUCACCUGUCCGAGUUCACCAACGAGAUUAAACAGCAUCAACCGCUGCGCCUGAAGAAGAAGUUUUACGAGUUCUACACAGCGCCCAUUACAAAAUUCUGGGCCGAUUCGAUUGCGUACAUGUUCUUUCUGAUAAUGUUCUCGUUCACGGUGCUAGUCAAAAUGGGCCCCAUACCGCGCUGGCAGGAAUGGUAUUCGAUAGCUUAUAUAACGACAUUGGGAUUUGAGAAGGUGCGCGAAAUCGUUUCCUCCGAGCCGGUGGCCAUUACGCAUAAAUUCUCGGUGUGGGCGUGGAACAUGUGGAAUCCGUGCGAUGGCGCUGCCAUAAUACUCUUCCUCAUCGGACUGGCUUUUCGCUUUCGCCCCAAUACGAUGGACAUUGGGCGUGUCAUUUACUGCGUGGACAGCAUCUACUGGUAUUUGCGCAUAUUGAACAUUCUUGGCGUCAACAAGUAUUUGGGUCCUCUGGUCACUAUGAUGGGCAAAAUGGUUAAGAAUAUGAUAUAUUUCGUUGUGCUCUUGGCCGUGGUCCUCAUGAGCUUUGGCGUCAGCCGGCAGGCAAUACUCUAUCCGAACAAUGAGCCCACUUGGAGGCUGAUUCGAGAGGUUAUUGCUGGUUCAAUCUUCGCGCCCGGAUUUCAAGGCGCUCUCGGCCAUAAUAGUCGUUCACAUAACACACGCAUAGCUGGCUUUGGACCUAGUACAUUUGCAGCUGCGCAACAUCGCAGUCAUGCAGCAGCAGCAGCAGCGGCAGCGGCAGCGGCGGCAGCAGCAGCAGCCAGCACAACAACAACAACAACAACAAGCACAACAACGAUGCCGCCCUCUGUGACGCCCCCCACAACAGAAACUGAAACUGAAACAAGCGAAACAAGUCACGAGCUGCCAAGUUUCUUAAACGGAAAUCACACAAAUGUCACCUAUCAGCCGUACUUCAUGUUGUACGGCGAGGUCUUUGCCGAUGACAUUGAUCCGCCCUGCGGCGAGGAUCCGCGUCAGCCCGCCUGCGUGACAGGUCAUUGGGUAACGCCUAUAACCAUGUCCAUGUAUCUAUUGAUUGCCAAUAUAUUGCUAAUCAAUCUGCUCAUAGCCGUCUUCAAUAAUAUAUUCAACGAAGUCAAUUCGGUUUCACAUCAGGUAUGGAUGUUCCAGAGAUUCACAGUGGUCAUGGAGUACCAACAGAAGCCGGUGCUGCCGCCGCCUUUCAUCGCCUUCUGCCAUUUCUAUUCGCUGCUCAAGUACUGCGUGCGCAAAGCGAAAGGAUUGGAGGUGCAGCGGGACAAUGGUCUCAAGCUGUUCCUCGAAAAGGACGAUCUGGAGCGACUGUACGACUUCGAGGAGGAGUGUGUCGAGGGCUUCUUCCACGAGCAGGAAAUCAUAUUGAAUCAGUCGACCGAUGAGCGCGUCAAGAACACAACGGAGCGCGUCGAGACCAUGGCACAGAAAAUCGAGGACAUCAAUCAAAAGGAGAACAUACAAACGGCUACAGUACAGAACAUUGAAUUCCGUUUGCGCAAAAUGGAGGAAUCAUCGGAGCAGAUAUUGUCGCACCUGGGCGUCAUACAUCGCUUCAUGUCCGCACAUACCACCGGCAACGAGGAGCUGCUUCGCGGCUCCGUGAUGAACAUUCCAGGCGAGAUGCAUCGCAUGCGCACCAUCUCAAUGUCCGACAACGAGGGCAGCGGCGGAGCUGGUGGCGGCGGCGGCGGAAGUGGCGGAGGUGGAGGUGGGGGAGGCGGAAUCGGAGUCGGAGGCUCUGCUGGAAUUGCCGCGUCGCUGGGCCUGGGUGCCGCACUCACUUUAAAUUCACUGCAGGUGAACAAUCGACGUCGCUUCAAUCGCUCGCUGACCGAAGUGCGGCCGGACGCGUACAUCUUGGAUGAGGGCACACACUUUGAGGUGGUGCCGCUGCCCGAGGAGCCCGACGAGGUGGUCAAGUCCCGGGAGGCCCUCAACGAGCAGAUGGUGCGCAAGGCCUCCAUGCAAUCGGAGGCUGACUCCGAUAUCUAUUUACCCCUAUCGCAACGGCCAUCCACCUGUGACACGGUCAAGCGGACGCCCUAUGUGACCGUGCGCCAGGACACGGGCGCCAGCACCGAGAGCAAGGACACACUCACGCCCAUGGGCAACAACGAUGACGAUCAGACCCUCGUCGGUGGCGACAACUCCGACGAUGCUGCGCCGGACAUGACAUUUGAGGCUGCCAGACAUCGAGCUCUGCGCCAGCGCACUGUCUCGCUCUGCCGCCGCAAUUCGGAAACGUAUUCCCUAGCUGGCGCUGACAUCAAUCGCUCGCACAUCAGCCUCAAUCAGCUGACCACGCUCUCGCGUCGCCAGAUGAGCCUCACGCACUCCGAGCCGGACAGCGACAAGGAUAUGCCUCCAGUGCCACAGACGGGUAAAUCAGUAUUGCAUGCGAAACCCUCCAGAAAUAUAUUGCUGAAACUGCACAGUGAAUAUACAUCCAUAACGGACGAGCUGGAGAGCGUUUGCCAUUUGAUUGCCUCACCGACCGUCUCGCUGCAGAGCAACAAAGCUUCCUUGGAUCGGCCCAAGACGGAGAUGUCACGCGCAGAGGCAGCUGCGUUGCAGGAGAAGCAACACUUGAAGGAGUGCGAGGAGAAUGAUUACAGGAUAUUGGAGGGCCUCUUUGAGGCACGUGGCUCCAUCGAUGCCAGCGUGCCCUCCUAUGAGAUUGGCGUCUCUGUGGACUAUAGUCAUCGCUACCCGCUGCGCAGGGAGACGGCCAUUGAGCUGUCGCCCUCGAAGCCAGCGGCGGAGGGCGGUGCCAUUGGCGCCGUCAUUGCUGGCGACAGCAGUGAUACGAGUGGUGCGGCGAGCAGCGGCUUUCAGCUGAAGCACGAACGGCCCUGGCAGCGCAAUUCGUCCAUGGAACAGCAGAGCUAUCAGUCGCCGCUGGUGCCGACGCGAGCCACCAGCGAUUUCCUCAAUCCACCCUACGACAGCAGCGGGCGGCUGUUCAAGAAGUCCAGCGAGAGUCUGCAGAAGAAUUCGAGCACGGACACGGACUACUCGGCGCAUCCGUACCGCUUCAUCAAGCAGAGCUCCAAUGAGACGAACACCUCCUUGACCGGCUCCUACAACGUGGACACGCCAUCGCUGACGGCGGAGCCCAGUUUGGAUGCCGGCGACUCGCAUUCGGCAACGGGCAUUAGCGUGAGCGUUGGCGCUGCUGGCGGCGCUGCGCAGGCGCGUUAUCAACCCAAGCGGACGGCGUCCGUGGGCGCUGCCGAUGGCAGACGUCUAAGGGACGACAGUUCCAGUUCGCUAGAUCUGACGCAGCCAGCGCCAGCAUUGCCAACGCGUCCCAUGCAGUUGAAGAAACAGUUUAGUAUGGACCAGGGCAAGCCGCUGUCUGCGCAAACAAACGCCGAGGCGAGCAGCACAGAGGCUGCGGCUGCCGCUGGCGCUGCUGCAGGUGCCGCGGCAGGUGCUGCAGGUGCUCCGGUUGCUGCCAAACUGAUUUCAACGCUGAAGCCACCCUAUACAAGCAAGCUGGGCAUGAAUGUGCUCAAGGAGAGUAGCUCCAGCACCGAAGAGUCGCGGGACGGCGAGCCCAUCUCGGCAACGACCUCCUCGUCGGCCAAGAGCAGCAGCACAAAUCUGGCCAUACCGCAGAUCAGCACGCAUCUGGUGCAGGAUGAGAUAGCAAAGCUCUCCUCCAACAUCAAGAGCAGCACAGAGUCAGAAAAGGAUCCGCCAUAUAACGAAACCAUGUGUUAACUAACUGUAUAUAUAGAUAUACCCUAUAUCUGUCUAUAAGCUGCUAUAGAGCAAAAGUAUCUGUAUCUGUCUGUUAGAGCAACUGAAUCUGUUAGUGAUUAAGUCCUGAAGUAGAUUGAAAAGUCCCAACAAGGAUUCGGCAUAUAAUGAGAAAAUGUGUUAACUAACUGUAUAUAUAUAUAUAUAUCUAUGUAUCCAUCUAUCUAUAAGCAAAGCAUCUGUAUCUGUGUAUUUAAAAGUAUCUAAAUCUAUAUAUCUGUUAGUAAUUGAAUCCACCUUGUGCUCAAUAAGCGUUGCUAGUCAACCAUCAAAAAUUUAAAGAGUAAUACAUAUUAUAUAUAUGUAUAUCUGAUAGAUAGAUCGCAUAUCAAACAUAUAUAUAUAUAUAUAUAUAUAUAUAUAUAUAUAUAUACAGAUAUUAAACUCACAUUCGCCCAGAUGGAAUGCAGAAGCAAAUUUCAAUGAUUUGACAAUACAUAGCACACAGAUUGUCUGUAUUUUUAUAUAAAAUGUAUUUAUUUACACAGUUGUCAGUUUUGAUUGUUGUUAAUUAAAUGUACAAACGAAAUACGAUAGAGCAGUGAGAAUUUGAAUAGAAAAUCAAAAUGCAUGCAUUUCACAUACAACUCAAACGCAUAUUAUAUAUGUAUAUCUGGUUUUAUCUGUUGAUAUACUCGAUCUAACUGUUAUUUAACUAAAAAGAAAACAAACUAUUGUAACUAAAAAGUAUGUUUAGCUGUAGUUCCAUAAACAUAUGAAAAGUCACCUGCAAUUUCACAUAUCCAAACUACCAACCAAUCUACGAAACUUAUCAAAGAAGCAAACAAAAAACUCUAUAUAGAGAGAUAUAUAUAAAAACUUAAAGCAACUUGUUGUACUUAUGCAUUGCCUAUAUAUCUAUAUAUCUGUACUGUUAUGUCUUGCAAAUUCUACAUACAAUUUAUAUAUAUGUGCGUGUCUGUGUAUUAUAUAGUUAGUUAGUCCAUUUUACUUUAUUUAUGUAUGUGAACAUGUGUGUGUAUGUCUUAGCUAAACAUAAAUUGUAGCCAGAAAACAAUUUGUAUAUACAUAUAUAGAUAUAUAGAUAUUUUUUCAACAAAAAAACAUGUUAACGUUUUGCUUCGUGUUAAAUGCGUUUGUCAUAAUUAGUUUAUAAAAAUUA